AGGGAGCCGAGCCGUCAUGUCGAACGCGAUGUAUAAUGAGAUGUGGCAUCAGACCCAGGAAGCCCUCAGCUCUUUGCUCGUCAAAGAGUCUCAGAAGGUGCUAGAACCACAUAGCAAUCAAGUUUUCAUCUUCCAAAUGCUGGCCACCUUCUACAUCAAAUAUGUGCAGAUCUUCAGAAGCAUGGAGCACGUCUACGACCAGAUAGUCCAGCCUCAGAAGCGCGUGCUCAUCCGGAAGAUACUGGAUGGGGUGAUGGGCCGCAUCCUGGAGCUGAAGAACGAGAUGGUCGAACUGGAGUUAACUGAGUUUCAUUAUUUUGAUGACAUCUUGCAGGAUUUAAAGCUGGUUCCUCAACAGCUGGACAUCCCCAUACCCAGGUACUUCAUGAAGGAGAAGGCAGACGAGACCAGAAGAAGAGAGGAAAUCCUGUCUGAGAUCAUAGCCAGCAGUGGACUGAGUCUGCCCGACAAGAAACACCCUGGGAAGACUCUCUCCCUGGAAGAUGCUGUGAAGUUGAUCCAGGUUGCAGAGCGCGCCCGGCAAGGUCGGCUACGCGCCAUGUUCAUGAAGCAAAUCUUUCUUCAGGAAUUCAGGGCAAAGCAGACCAGGUCACUUAGCGAGAAAAUGGCCGACGUGGGGGCUGCGGCGCUACGCAUUCAGAAGGUUUGGCGAGGUUUCCGUCAGAGUAAGUUGACUGAGAAUGAGAGAGAGAAGGAGAUGAUAUUCCUGGGUAUGAGUCCCCCGCCUCUGUUUAAAGAAGUCAGUGCCACAGUGAUGCAGGCUGAGAAGGUGGCCUACCUGCGGAACCAGGUGCAGAUGAAGCAUGAAGAGAGCUAUAGAGAAGCGCUGGUCACGAUCAAGGACAACCUGAAAUUAGUAGAAGGUGCAGACAUCAAGGAGAACCUGCAGGAACAGAUCCGGCACUGGUUCAUCGAAUGCAGGAACUUAACUGGUGAUUUCCCCCAGUACCCUGAAGUCGAGGAAGGAGGUUCAGCUAUUAUUUUCUCCAACAAGACCCCACAACAGGUCAUCGAAGACAUCAUGGCAAACCAGGAAGAGCAGGAAAAGAGCACCAAGAAGAAGAAGGCGAAGAAGGAAAAGAAAACCCCCAAAAGGAAGGAAGCGAAAGCAGCAAAGGAAACAGCGAAGGAAGAAAACCAGGGGUGGAAAAUGUCGCCAAGUGCUUUCCUCAGUGCCAUGGAGGAAGGAAAUAACUUAUACAAAGACAUUUGGAAGAACAAAGAUGAAUCAUGGAAUUUCGCGCAGGGCCACGAUCCCGAGCUGGUCAAAGAGGAGAAGCGGAAAGAGCUGGAGUCGGAGAUACGGCUGCAGGUUGACGAAUUGAUGAGGCAGGAGCUGAAAAACCUAAAACUAGCCGUGAACAAAAUAAAGGAAAACCCAGUCAAAGCCAAGAAGAAAGGAAAUAAAAAGAAGGCGGGGAAGAAAGACAAAAAAGGGAAGAAGGGGAAGGACAAGGAUCUCACGGAGGACAGGACCAUCGAAUCUCUGUACAAGGAGCUGGUGGAGGCGGGGCUGCUGAUCCAGAACCCCAAGGUCAACCUCUCUGAUUACAUCGGCGAGUACUGCUACCUGGGCACGACCCUGCGCCAGGUGUCCGUGGAGCCCAUGCCCUCCCUGCAGGACAUCCGGCAGCUCAUCACCUUGUAUGGGAUCCUGCCACUAGGUUCCGCAGCCAUGCGGGAGAAGGCCCCUCCCGUGCAGUCCCUGCUGCUGGCCGGGCCGCCUGGGGUGGGGAAGAAGAUGCUGGUCCACGCCAUCUGCACGGAGACGGGGGCCAACCUGUUCAACCUGUCCGCGGCCAACGUCGCCGGGAAAUACCCCGGCAAGAGCGGCCUCCGAAUGAUGCUGCACUUGGUUCUCAAGGUGGCCCGGCAGCUGCAGCCCUCCGUGGUGUGGAUCGGAGACACGGAGAAGACCUUCUACCGCAGGGUCCCCGCGGCCGACAGGACGCUUGAGCCCAAGCGCCUGAAAAAACAGCUGCCCCAAAUCCUGAAGCUCCUGCGGCCGGAUGACAGGAUCCUGGUCGUGGGCACGACGCGGCGGCCCUUCGAUGCGGAGCUGCAGUCUUUCUGCAAGUUUUACCAAAAAAUCAUUCUGGUGCCCAGACCAGACUACGCAUCCCGAUAUGUCCUGUGGAAAGAAAUCAUCCAGCGCAACGGGGGCGUGCUGAGCAACUCCCUGAACGUCAGCUGCCUGGCCAAGGUCAGCGAUGGCUUCACCCCCGGGCACAUGGUCCACGUGGUGCGGAGCGUGCUCACCGAUCGCAGGGUCCGGCAGCAAAGCCGCAAACCGCUCACCGCCGGCGAGUUCAUCUCGGCGCUGACCAGCAUGGAGCCCGUGUACCAGGAGGAGGAGGACAGCUUCAAGGACUGGUACACCAAAACCCCAAUGGGGAAGCGGAGAGCGUUGGCGCUGACUGGAGGUAAAGCAGAAAAAGAAAAGGAGAAUGGAAAAAAGAAGGCAAAGCCAGGGAAAAAGAAAAAGUAACGCCUUUGUAAGGCAUUGAGUCAAUGCCCUGAGUCCCUCCCAGAGUGGCGGUGACCCCAGCUCUGCAGGGAGAAGAUUCACCAUCGCCUGUCGGAAGGUCACGCUCAUCAGCCCCUGCACCUGCUCACUUAGACUUCGGUUGGCCUCACACCCAGUUAGUUUUCCACCACGAUUAUUCUAGAGUCUGUCAUUGUUUUCCUAUCCAUGUGAAGUUGGUACAUAGCCAAAACUCAGUCUUCACGUGCUCCACGACUUCUCCCAGUAGGACCCUUCAUCUCAUCAGCACUAACUGCCAGAUUUAAAAUUUGAUAGAAAGUACUCUUAACUUGUCAGCUAGUAAGUGACUUAAGUCUAUCGUCGGUACACUAGCUUUUUAUUACUCCAUAUAUACUGUAUAUU